CGAGAUCCUUCGCUUUUCCUUUGCUCGUCUCACUCGUAUCCCAUUCCCUUCACCUCCUAUCCAGCGACUGCCUGGACACUGUGUAACGCUGCAGAGACGGGCCAGGCUAAGCCUUGAGCCCUGACCAUGUCCGGACUACGGACUACCGUGUACUGGCAUAGCCACUCGGUUCCCUCCCUCGAUGUGUACCGGUCAUGCAAUUUAUCCUCAUUAGGGUCCAUCUUGUUAAUUAGCCAAGUGGUUCACCAUCAAUUCUAUUGCGGUGGCAUACUCGGCUGGGCAUAUGAUCUGAGACAGCAGCUGUGGGCGCACGGGUUCAUGGCGAUGUCUCAACUGCAUACUACCACAAUGAGGCUAUCAUUACUGCGUAACCGGUUGUUUCACCUCAUUUCAUUUCAUGAACUUCCGGUCACAGGGCGAGGCUCUAAACUGACUCAAGAGCCUUUCUGGCUAGGCUUGCUCGGAGUUUAUACGCCUUGGCCGAGUAGAUGUGACCCGGGUACACGAGGCAGCCAACAUGGUGUUAGCAACUACACUUCUAGCGAUCUAGGGAUCUCGUGUCCUGGAACAUGCUGCUUGGCAGUUGAACAUAUACACCAGCCUUGGAAGCCACUCGGCAAGUCCCAACAGAAGGAACGGCUUCUCCUCAUCCUUCGAGUGGGCUUGUGUUGGAUUCAUCCUUGGCAUUAGGGCGCAGUCUGGACCACAGCUUGGGAGGGUCCUAAAGCUUACAUCCUGCGAGUACAGAUGACGGUUAUGUUUACGAAGAAGCCCCGCCGGUUGGAGCUAGUCACACUGCCAUUCUGGAUUGACUUUCAGUCAUGGCGUAGGACCUUAGACAAAGCUCAGAGCAGCGGACUCGACCAUCAGAUCCUGCAAUUCCCGUCGUGAAAGGGGCCUUCCAACUUCGUAUGAAGAGACUUAGCUUCAACGCCAUCGUAGCCAACAGGACGGGCUUUGGCUGGGCUUUUGUGUCCUAUCUCAAAAGUAGUUAUACUCAGUAGGGGCAAAUAACCGCAGAAGCUGCGAAUU